CUCAGUGGGCGUAAUUUGUCUGAAGAUGAGUUUCCCAUUGAAUUUGGAUGUUUAUCUUCACUCAUAAUAUUGGAUUUAUCGAGAAACAAUUUUCGUAACAUACCUAAUUGCAUCAACUACCUUCCUAGAUUAUGGGAAUUGAAUUUGGAUGGGUGUACUAUGCUUCAAUCAAUCUUAGUCCCCUUAAGUGUACAUGUUUUGGGAACUUUGAGAGCAAAUGACUGCACAUCAUUGGAAAGAAUAUUAACUUUGACGGACGAGGGUUUCGGAUCUUUUUUCCUUGAUAAUUGCCACAAACUGGUUGAGAUUCGAAGUUUGAAGAGUUUGCAAUCUGCCGCACGUCUUCACAUGAGAGGGUGCAACAAUCUAUCACCUGCUUUUAGGGAGAGUGUUCUCCAGAUGAUGUGCGAGGUAGGUAGUGGUAGCAUUUUCCUCCCAGGAAGUGAGAUUCCAAAUUGGUUUAGCCAUCAGACAAAUGAAGGUUGUUCCAUUUGCCUCCCCAGACGUGAGAUUCGAAGUUAUUUUGUCCCUACAGUUGGUUGGUGGAGCUAUCAGACAAUGGCUUCUUUAAUAUCCUUUCGUGUACCUUCCUUUUGGGACGGUAAAAUCGGCAAGAUGCUUCUUUGCGUUGUUUUUGCAGCAAACAAGGAAACACCCAGAGACCUAUCUCGAGUGUGUAACUUCAAAUGGAGCUUACGUAAUAAAACUAGAACUAACCAAAUGGACUUCUCCAUAGGGUCCCCGCCCGCUCGCUUUUUUGGUAGCUGUGAAGAUCAUAUAUUUGUACAGGGGACGGGAGAUCAUCAGAUGUUUGGACUUGAGAUGAAAAGUGGAGACGAAAUAGAGGUGUCCGUCGCAUUUGAAUCCUUAUCAAUGGACCGGAGUGAAGAGCUUAAGGGUGAAAUACAAGUGAAGAAGUGUGGAAUUCAUCUACCAGUUAAUGAGCCAAGUGUAAUGGAUACAAGUGUGGAAUUCUCCGUCUGCGAGCUGGGAUUCCCGAUUUAUGCAGGAUAUAAUGAGCUUAUUUAAAAUACCAUUGAGUGAACUACUUGAUGAGGCAAAGGCAAAUGUUCGACAGCACAAUUCCCCCGAAAUAUAGAUCCUUUUAUGCUUUUUUAAAUUUGUCGAACCAUUUUAUGUUAUAUAUAUAUGUUGUAUUUCUCGAACCCUUUUUUCCUUUUUUGAAAGCUUGAAUAUUGAGGUUAUUUUCUUCCCUAUA